AUGACACAGGAAAGAAGGAGGAGUGUGCCUUCCUUAAUGUCCACAAAUCUGGAAAUUCGUGCCCCCCAAAAAACCGAAAAUGCUCGACAAAAUUAUAUCGUUCCUUGUGGUCCAACGAAAGAAUCAGAGUUGAAAUUACCUGAUAAGUACCUGUUUGCGCCUCAUUUAACCCGACUUUCACAGUCUGAACGAAAAGAAAUCGAGAAAAUCUGUCCCUCAAUUUAUCCUCAUGACUCCUGGGCCAGAAUACCAUGGAAUAAAUAUGCGGAUACAACUGCUCCAACUGAACUUUACACGACAUCACUCUCCCAUUUUUACUACAGUGAUCCAUUGCCUGGAAAACGAGCGCCAAUAAUUUACAAAUAA